CCGCCAACGAGACUUUACACAGAUGUGUUUCAGGCGUGAUCAGUUGAGGCGGUGGGACUCCGUUCGCGCAGCGGGAUCAACUUCUUUCAGAGGAUCUACCGUCUCCUAUUCGGACACCUUGAGUUCAAUGUAACAGGCAUCGUAAGCAGCGUAGGUCAAGGUGAUCGGGGAGUUACUUUGUGGUAGAACUGAACACAUUUAGACGGGGUUUUAAACGCAGAAGAAAAUGCCUGUAGCUUCUCUCCUGCCUUUCACGGCCACCCCGAAUAGGAAGUCCGCCAGCCCGACCUCCUUCAGGCUCACGGAGAAAUUCAUCCUGCUUUUAGUGUUCAGCGGCUUCAUCACCCUGUGUUUCGGAGCUAUCUUCUUCUUGCCGGAUUCCUCAAAGCUGCUCAGCGGAGUUUUCUUCCGCUCGUCGUCGGUGGAGGCAGAGACGCGCACAGGUACGGUCAGUGACACCAGCACCGGCACGGGCAAGGAUGAGAAGAUCCUGGCCAAGAUCAGAAAAGACCACGAAAAGGCGCUGAUUGAGGCCAAGGACACCCUACAGAAACGGCCGAACGAGAUCAAGCAGGACAUCAACAGCGACAAGGCGAAACUUGUGCAGAACGGACAGGGGAAAGGAGCGAAAGCUGACAGUUUGCCGUUCGUUCAGUACGUGCGGCCACCUGGAGCAACAGGGCACGAACCCGCCGAUCCUGACGUUAAAGCGAAAAGAGCCAAGAUUAAAGAGAUGAUGCAGUUUUCUUGGGAUAAUUACAAGCGCUACGCCUGGGGCUCCAACGAACUGCGUCCCGUCUCUAAGCAAGGCCACUCCAGCAAUUUGUUUGGUAGUCUCAAAGGAGCCACCAUUGUGGAUGCGCUGGACACGCUCUACAUUAUGGAGAUGUAUGACGAGUUUGAGGCUGCUACCGAGUGGGUGGAAAUGAACCUAGACUUUAACAUGAAUGCCGAAAUCUCCGUCUUUGAAGUGAACAUCCGUUUUGUUGGAGGCCUGCUGUCCGCCUAUUAUCUCUCAGGCAAAGAGGUGUUCAGGAGAAAAGCUGUUGAACUAGGAGAGAAGCUGUUGCCGGCUUUUAAGACCCCGACUGGCAUCCCUUGGGCUCUUCUCAACCUAAAGAGUGGGAUUGGCAGAAACUGGCCAUGGGCGUCAGGAGGAAGCAGUAUUCUUGCCGAAUACGGGACGCUGCAUUUGGAGUUCAUGCAUCUCAGCGAGCUUUCCGGGAGACCAGUUUUUGCCGAGAAGGUAAUGAACAUCAGAAAGGUGCUGAAUCGACUGGACAAACCUCAAGGGUUGUACCCGAAUUAUCUGAACCCUAACAGUGGACAGUGGGGCCAGCAUCAUGUCUCGGUUGGAGGCUUGGGGGACAGUUUCUACGAGUACCUGCUGAAGGCCUGGCUCAUGUCAGACAAAACUGACGAGGAGGGAAAGAAGCUUUACUACGACGCCCUGCAGGCGAUUGAGAAGAAUUUGAUCCGUAAGUCAAGCGGAGGGUUGACGUAUAUCGCUGAAUGGAAAGGCGGACUCCUGGAGCAUAAGAUGGGUCACCUGACCUGCUUCGCCGGUGGUAUGAUCGCUUUAGGGGCGGACGGAGGCCCCGAUGAUAAGACGGGUCACCAGAUGGAACUGGCGGCUGAGAUCGCCCGCACGUGUCACGAGUCUUACGCCCGGACAAGUAUGAAGCUGGGUCCCGAGGCCUUCCGUUUUGACGGCGGCGUAGAAGCCAUCGCCACACGGCAAAACGAGAAGUACUUCAUCCUGAGGCCAGAGGUCAUCGAGACCUACAUGUACAUGUGGAGGUUCACCCACGACCCCAAAUACAGACAGUGGGGCUGGGAGGCGGUGCAGGCUCUGGAGAAGUACUGCAGGGUGGAAGGGGGUUACAGUGGAGUGAGAGACGUCUACGCUAACACUCCCAACCAUGAUGACGUGCAGCAGAGCUUCUACCUGGCCGAAACACUCAAGUAUCUGUAUCUUUUGUUCUCCGACGAUGACCAUUUGCCCUUCGAACACUGGGUGUUCAACACGGAGGCCCAUCCUCUUCCCGUCAUUAAGAAACAGAAUGUAGAAAUAGCAAACCAUCUCAAGUAAUCUUCAUCCAACCCCAAAGCGCCACUGAGACGUAAUUUUCUGGACCUGCUUUAACAGUGGACAAGAGCUAUGGACACAAAACCCCUGUGGCUGGAGAGUUCCUGUCCUCCAGGAAUUUGCUGGAGCUUCAUGUGUUUCUCCACAGCCUUCUCUCCUCUUCCAUCUCUUCUCGGGAUUCUGCAUGCUGCCCCUGUUCCCUUUCUCUGUCCUUGAUGCUAUGGACACGUCUCUGAGCCUCAGAGACACAGAAGGACCAUAUUUCCUCUGUGAGGGACCAGAUCGUUUUUCAUCGUACUUGCCCUCUCACACACGUUAUAAAGCCAUAGGUAAUUCAAAUUGCAUCGACAUGCUUGUGUUUUUUGCAUCAUGUGCGUUUACAGGAGCGAAGAUAAGAGAUAUCCACUGAACUUCGCCGUAUCUUGCUGUCCGUUUUUUUAGGGAUGAGGAUUGGUUCGGUAUUUUGAGGCUUUAUUCGACAGCAAGGUAGUGAAACCAAGUCAACUAGUGCCUUUUAGUCUUACUGAUCAUUUUAGUCAAGUUUUAAUAGCAACACUAUUUAUUUUCGCUGUGACCGAAGGUAUCUUCCUACUGGCCUACAGCCCUCUUACCCUCGUGAUGGAUGUAAGAAUCAGUCGUUUAUCGUUCAUUCCUCUACAUUUGUGAGCUUACUUUUUCAUAAAAUGUGUACAAAAUGUGUUUUGAUUGUUUACUUAAUCAACGGAGGCAGAGACUUUUUAUCCUAGACAUGUAAAAUAGAGUACUUUGUGUUAAUUUAUUACUCAAGACAUAGGGUUUUUGUCUUUUUUCAGUGUGGAGGGCAGGAAACUAUGGAGCCCCUAAAGGAGACAUGAUAAUAGGAAAAAAUAUGAUGAGAGGGAAAAAUUACAUUUCAAUGCUUUUGCGUUUUCUUGCAAAACUAAUGCUUUUUCCCGAGAAGCUUUGUGUUCACUCACAAACACACUGAAAUAUAAUUUUUCUUUCUAUAACUUUUUUUUUUUUUUUUUAUCAAAAAAAAU